CCCCUCCCAUCCGUCCCUCCCUCCCGGCAAAUUCCAACGCUCCACCCACGUCCAGCUGCAGGAGGAGGUGCCGCCUUUUCUCGGCCCCGCCCGAUUCUUCCCCCCCGCCCGCCUUAACCACCACGCACAGCCUUCGUCCGUCCCACGUCGCCGCUGCUCCCUCCACGUUCUUGGCCGGCCGGACGGCUGCCUCCUCCCAGGCGCGCGUCGCUCGGCCUAGAUAGAUUCGGGUGUUCCUUCCCAUCGGGGGCGGCGGGCGGCGGUCCACGGAAUCCGGCCGGAUUGCGCGUGAAUUCAGAGCAGUCGAGGCAUGCCAUAAGAAGAGCAGGGGGAGCAAAUGUGGCGUCUCUUCAACGAGCUGUGGGACGUUCUAGGAUCCGGGUUUUUCUCGUCCAGGUUCCUAUAAGCCUAACAAGUCAGCGACUCGCCUCUCCCGUCGCAUCAAAUCAAGUCCAUCCAUCCAUUGCAUCGGUCCAUCUGGUCGGUCGGCAUGGACGACGAGGAUUACUCGUGGGUGCGGCGGACGAGGUUCUCCCACUCCGUCGUCCGCUCCAACUCCGGCAGGGAGCAGUUCGGCGCCUUCGUCGAGCAGUUCAACCGCGGCGCCGCGCUCAGGCAGAACAAGGGCUCCGACUCAGGGUUCAAGCCCCACGGCAUGAACUUCGAGCCCAGGACCAAGGCCUCCGCCACCACCAACCCGGCCUCCAUUCCGAGGACAAGGUCGCUGAGUGCCCAGCCCAAGACGGACAUCAACCAUGCCUUCUCCAACGCCAUAUCGGUGCAUCAUCACGAGAAGCCUGCCGAUCAUGGUCACCCGCCGCAGUCAGCACCGACCAACAACUCUGCCAACGGAACGAGGGGCCGCAACAACCUCUUCGUCGACGUCUGCUCCGAGCCCGAGGUUCAGGACCCGAGCAAGGGCGACAGCCCUGGGCCUCUCGAGUUCUCCUUCCACCCUGACGAGCAGAGCAUGAGGCUGCAAAGGGUGUGCUCCAGCCCGUCUCCUUUCCCGGCCAAGAAAGCGCCGGUCUUGGACGCGCCGCGGCCGCCGUUGCGCAGUUCGUCGCUCAGGGUCCUCCCAGAGGGGCGCACGACGCGGAUGCUGAGGGCGAGGUCCCCUCUCCCAAGCCGUCCCGUGCCCGAAGUGUUCAAGGAGGCCAAAUCAGCCAGCAAGAGGUUCUCCACGCCGCCGCCGCGCCGGAAAUCAUCGUCUCCGCCACGCGCGCCGCCGGUGGACGCGCCACUCAAGGCGCCGGCCAAGGUGAAGCACCACAGGAAGGAGCACUGGGACAACCAAAGGGCCAAGGCGGCCGCAGAGAAGGUGCUCCAAAACUGGACGGUGGAUCGCAAGCAGCUCCUCGUCGGGCAGAAGUUCGCCUAUGGGGCGCACAGCCGUCUGUUCCAUGGAAUCUACAAGGAGGUGCCCGUUGCUGUCAAGUUCAUCAGGCAGCCUGACGUUGAGGAAGACGCGGAACUGGCGUCUCAGCUCGAGAAGCAGUUCAACACGGAGGUUGUCACAUUGUCCCGCCUCCAGCAUCGCAACGUCAUUAAGCUGGUUGGAGGAUGCACCAGUCCGCCAGUCUUCUGCGUCAUCACCGAGUUCCUUUCUGGUGGUUCGUUGAGAUCAUUCUUGCACAAGCAAGAGCACAAAUCUCUGCCUUUGGACAAGAUCAUUUCAGUUGGCUUGGAUAUCGCACACGGCAUGGGGUACGUCCACUCGCAAGGAAUCGUCCACCGUGACGUGAAACCGGAGAACAUCAUAUUCGACGGGGAUUGCUGCGCCAAGAUUGUUGAUUUUGGAAUAGCCUGCGAAGAAGCAUACUGUGACCCUCUGGCGAACGAUCCCGGGACCUUCAGAUGGAUGGCUCCAGAGAUGAUGAAGCACAAACCCUAUGGUCGAAAGGUUGAUGUUUACAGCUUCGGCCUUAUCUUGUGGGAAAUGCUUACCGGCUCCGUGCCUUAUGAAGAUUUGACUCCGUUCCAAGCAGCCUUUGCUGUUUUUGACAAGAAUGUGAGGCCGGCCAUUCCUGCUACCUGCCCAGCUGCAUUACGGGUUCUGAUCGAGCAGUGUUGGGCCUUGCAAGCAGAUAAAAGGCCUGAAUUCUGGCAAAUAGUUCAAUUACUGGACAAGUUCAAGAUGGUUCUUGAAAGAGAUGGAACACUUGACAAUAUGCCAAGCUCAAACUGCCAGGAGAGUCAUGAUCCCAAGAAAUGGCUAGCCCACUGGCUCCACAAGCUCAAGCAUCCCCAUCAUCAUCAUGAUCUCUCUGGACCUCCACCACCAAAACUUCUGUAACUAAUCUUCUCUCUUCCAAUCUGUUCUAGUCCAGGUAGUCCUUAGAAUGUAAAUAUCAAAAGUUUCUUUUGGUAUAUAUAUAUACAAAAAAAGUCCCAUUUGCUUGUAUUUGUUGUUUCAUAGCAUAGUAAGUACUUCUCUGGGUUCAACUUGAUUUAUUUUUUUCCUUUUGUGUUGCUUGUGCCUAUGCAAAGUCCCUGAAAAUAUACUCUGUUUUUGUGCUUGAA